AUGAUCAUAUUUUUGAGUGAACUACAAAAGGAACAUCUCAGUUUGCUUCAUAAUCAUUCUCCACAGGUUCUAAUUGAUUUCUGCAAGUUAACAAUUGAUUAUCUAAAUAAUGGAAUUAAUGAAAAGAAAUACGCCUUGGCAGCAGAGAAAUUGGAGACAUUGCCAUCUGUUAUUCAAAAUUUGAUUCAAGCCUUAGCUCACCUCAUUUUAGAAGGUUGCAAACAUAAUUUAUCAGAGCAGAAUUUUAAAUCAUCACUAGCUAUCGCAGGAUUUUCUGAUGAUCACCAACAAGUGUUAGUAAAAUUCUAUUCAAGAAAGAAAGGAGAGCUUUCCGCUGCAUUAAAUUUACUCCAACGGAAAGAUCCAACAUAUCAGGACUUGGCUUGGAGAUUUGAAGUACAGAUGGCAUCAAAAAGUUGUCCAGAAAUAAUGAAACCCAUGGUCACUAUGGACUAUGUUCUAUCUGUACCGAAAAGUUACGACCAUAGUAUAGACAAACAUACCCAUAGAGAAUCAGAUGACAUUUGUAUAAGUUCUUCAGUAGAAGAAGCAAAGGCGGCUAGUCAUUGUCAAAAUGUAGUAAAACAUGUUAUAAUGCAAUGCGAUCUACCAACUUUAGUACAUUUAACCAAUACAUUGAAUGAAGCUGCUAACGAAUCGAAGAGCCAACAUAUACGGAAGAUUCAAAGAGCAUUGUAA